AGGCGUGCGAGCGCAUGAAGCCGUAGUAAAAAAACUUGUAAAGCAUGAAACCUUUUACUUCAAUCUGAACCUAUUAAAAUCAAACUAAACGACGCUUUGCUUAAGUUGGUUUCCAAAUGAAUUACCCUGUUCUUUUUUUUUUUUAGAACCAGAAAGUCUAAAUAAUUAAAUUUAAAUAUAGUGGUCUUUUAAACUCUACCUUCUUGUGGAGCUGCUUUAUUUUUGCUAAUCUCAAGUAAUGUUUUUCAUGCAUCAGGAAGCGAUUAGCAAAGGAUUGGCUGAGUGCUCCAUCCGCGCGUUCUAUGCGCGCGCUGGCUGGCGGCAGCCGGAAUCGCCGGGUUGUUGAGAGCGUCGCUCUGAGCAGCGCAUGAUGUGUUCGAGCGACUUGAGGCGAUUUCAGCGCUUUCUCACAACUUAUGCUUAAAUUAACACUCGUGGCGAGUCACCUGUGAGACAUUGUGUUUCCUUUCUUUUAUUGCUAGUGUUGAGUAUUGUUUCGAUAGCUUUCAGAUGGAUUUGUUCAGCGAUCUCCCAGAGCCAGCAGAAAGCGUGUCCAAGGCCGUUCGGCAGGAGCCAGUGACCAAGGAGAUCGGCCGAAAACUGAUCACGAAGGCGCAGAACGACGCACUUUUCGACGAUUUGCCAUCACCCUCAUCAGCCGAGGAGAAGGAGCCCGUUCCACAGUCAAUCAAGAGGCCCCGAGAAGAUGAGGAGGACGCGCAGAAUAAGAGGCCCGCGCAAAGUGUCAUUACGCUGCGUGGCUUCGUGGCGGAACGCAAGGGAGAGCGGGAGGACAUGCAAGAUGCGCACGUCAUCCAAGAUGCUUACCACACAGACAUUCCUCAGUUGCACGGUUCCAUAUGUCGGCUUGCAUACUAUGCUGUCUUUGACGGGCACAACGGUUCGAGAGCGUCACGGCACGCAGCUCAGCAGCUGCAUCGGCAGCUCGCCACCCGAUUCCCGAAGGGUGACAUGAGCCAUGUGGAAAAGGAAAUCAAGCGAAGCAUCAUGGAGAGCUUCAAGAAGACAGACGAGGAUUUCCUCAAGAGGGCAGCGAGUUGCAAACCUUCUUGGAAAGAUGGCACGACAGCUGUAAUUGUGGUUGCCAUUAACAAUACACUUUACAUUGCCAACCUCGGUGACAGCAAGGCCAUCUUGUGCCGAUACCAUGAGGAGUCACAGAAGCACAUCGCACUUCCACUGAGCAAAGAUCACAGUCCAACGGACUAUGGUGAAAGGAUGCGCAUCCAAAAGGCAGGAGGAUAUGUGAAGGACGGACGAGUGCUAGGUGUGCUGGAGGUGUCACGCUCUAUUGGGGAUGGCCAGUACAAGCGGUGUGGUGUCAGCUGCCUCCCAGACGUCAUGCGUUGCCAGCUGACGCCUGCCGACCGUUUCCUUGUGCUUGCCUGUGACGGUCUCUGGAAGGUCUUCACCUCGGACCAGGUUCUUGCAAGUGUGCUCGCCACUUUGCAGGAUGAAACGAUAACAGCAGAAGGGGACAAGAAGAGGACACUGGAGCUGCGAUAUGAGGCCGCCUGCAGCAAACUCGCCAAUGAAGCUGUGCGGAAGCUGAGCGGAGACAAUGUCACCGUUGUCAUUGUUGACAUAGAGAAAGACAGGCAGUGAAUCCUUGGGCCAGCUUUGGGAAGCGUUUGCUGGUUGUUCCUGGUAUUGGUGCCCCAGAGGUUCUUAUGCAGCAAUAUUACUUUUUCUUCAGCCUUCGCUUUUCUUUUUUUUCUCUCUCUCUCUUUCAUCUUGAGACAGUCCACACAUCCCCUGCUCAUAACUUGCUCAUCUUCAUGCUGCUGUUGUUAUUUUUUUAGUGAUGAAUAUUUGCUAGUGUUUUUCAGAGUGUGACUGACUGGCUUGAGAAAAAUAUUUAUAAAAGACUGCUCCUGAGGGUUUUAAUUAUCGAAUGCAUAUUAGCACUUGACUUCACUGUGAUGACAGAGUGCACAUAUUCUGUCUCCCGAAAGCACCGAACUCAACAGCAAAACGUGUUCUGAUGCAAAGAACACAACUCUUCACCAAGGAAUUUAUUGAUGACAAUUGCUUUCUCCAUUGUGGCUAACUAUGCUUUCUUUUUGCCCUCAGUUGAGGCUACUUGCAGCCAUUUCUCUGCUUCAGACGAAUCCUUUUGUUUGUGUGUCUGUCAAAUUUCUAUGAGGCUUCUUGCUUCUGGCGAGAAAAUAUAUUACAGGGUCUUCACCAUGCUCAGGCUCCUAAUGUAACUGAUGAGCGGGAGGGAAAAACAAGCUAUUUGUUUUAUGUAUAAAAAUUCAAAAACCAUUUAAGUAGGAAAAUUGUAUAACAUGCAAUCUCACUUUGUCUUAAUUUGUUGGCUUCUACGUUGUGUGUGUUUGUGCCGCAUGAGAAUUACAUUUGCCACUUAAUUUUUGUUGUAAGGAAUGCCAAGGGAAAGCAUCUCUCAUUUACAUUUCGGCACUGAAAAAGAAGUGAUCACUGAACGCACAUCUUUUUGUUGUUUACCAUGUUCUUUUCUUAACAUAUUGCAUCAUUGGCAUAUUGUGAAGCAUUCAAUAUGCAGGAUCAUUUGAAAUGCUGCCUCUUGUGGGAUUAGUUUCUUUAAUACUUAUGUAGUCCUAAUGUGGGAGCUUUUUUUACAGAAAGUGUAUCGCAACAAAGAGUCAUUAUUAUUCUGUCUUUUUCUACUUCAAGUUCUAAAUGCCCCCUUUGUUUGCUGUCUUUUCCUGGUCUUCAGGCAGCUGUGUGCAUUGAAACAUUUCUGGUCAGUUGCCUCUUAACGCUGCAUGUUCCUGUGAUGCCAUAUUUGCCUGCUGAUGUACUGAGCUUUGCUCAAUGCUCGCACAACGGAGAACGCACACCCUUUCUUCCAUGUCUUUCUAAAUUUUUUUUAUGUGAGUGAUAUGCAACGUAAGCAGUGUCUAAGUGCUUUGCAUUGUCAAAAUUAUUGUCUCCAUUCAUUGCAAAAUGUUAUAUAAUAAAGAAACACACUUUGCCACAGAAA